AUGAUAAGUCCAACUACCACCUCCAAUACAAUUGAGAAUAAGACUUCUCCGCAGCCUGAUGAUACAAGUAAUGUCUCUUAUAGAAGUUUCUCUUCUUCUGGAGGUUCGUCUGGUCACUUCUCUUUCAGUGACGCUGAUAAUGCUGCCACGAAAGGUUCAGUUGAUCAAUCCUGUCUGUUCACACCUGAAACAGUAGAUGAACAAAACCUUAAACCUGUGGAUAACUAUGUAUGGAUCCCAUCAGAGAUUAAUAUUGAGGAAUUUUUGAGAUUCAACAACGCUGCUGCUGCUGCUGUAACAACUACGGCCACUGAUGCUGCCAAUAGGGUAAUGUCAAGAGACCUUAGCAUCUUAUCAAAUUCUUCACCAGGUUCAACGAACACUGCUAAGACUACAAAAUCAAAUAGAGGUAGAAAGAGAAAGAAUUCGAGUUCGAUCAAGAAGACUGCUAAUCCAAGAUGUAAAAUAGACUAUGCCAAAAUAACGGCUCAGAUUCAAUUGAACUACGAUGCCUUGCUGACUGAAAGAAAUAAAAGAAUUAAGUCGCUUGAGAAAGAACUAGACACACAGAGAAGAGAAGUUGAUACUCUGAAGAGAUUACUUCUUGAGGAUGUUGGGUCAAUCAGGUCAAUUCUAGCUGAACUGAGGAAUUGA